GAAAAAAAAAAUCAAAAAAUUUAAAAAAAAUUAAUUCACAUUAAAAAAGAUAUAUUGCAAAAAGGAGAAGAUUAAAAAACAAAAGUAUAGAUGAGCGGAGCAGAGAUUAAGAAAAGAAACUGGGCAGAUAUUGGAAAUGACUCAGAAGAUGAAGACAGACACGAAGAAACUGUUUCAAAAGCUGAAAGCAGUGGAAGUAAGUAGAAUAGUUAGUCUUAUUAAGCUGAAAAGUAAGCAACAAAGGAAGCCUAGCAUUAUUAGAAUAACUAAUAGUAUGGAUAAAAUAGACAAUAGAGUGGAAAUUACAAUAAUAAAAACUAUGAUCACCAUUAAAAUUAUAAAAAUAAGAGAGAUAACUAUGGCCAGAGAAGACCUUAUUAAGAGAAUAGCAAUCUAAAGGAUGAAUUUAAUUAAUAAUAUGAAGAUAUGGUUAGCUAAAUAGAGGAAUAUGAGUCAGAUCUCAUCACUUUUAAAAUUGCAAAAAGAGACCAAUAAGUAGAUGAAGAUCUUGUUAGAAAAGUCUUUAAAGGUUUAGAUAUUAAAGAUAUGAUUGCAGACAGUAAAUUCAGUGGAUGCUUUAAAAUAAAAUUUGACCGUAACGAUGCACUCAAAAUUAUUCAAAUGAAAGAUUUACCAUUCUACAUAAGAAUAUGGGCAGAAUCAGCUCCUGGUACUUAAAAAAAAAAAUAUGAUAGACAAUAUGGCUAGAAUUAUAAUUAGGAUAGACAAUCAGAUUUUGUAAAAUAAAAUCGUUAGCCUCAAAAAGAAUCAACAACAAGUGAAGUUAAGCAACAUGGCUAAUAAGUUUAAAAUUAGAAUGAGAAUUAAACAAAAGCAGAUAAUGAUCAAGAAUUUAACUAUGUUGUAAGUAGCAAGAGAUAAUUCGAGGAAGAUGAUUAAAACAAUAAAAAAUUCAAAUAAUAAGAUAAGUAUGGAAAUAAAGGUUAUACAAACACAAAAAAUAACUAAGAAGAGUAUAGACCUAAAGGAUUUGUCAAUAAGAAUAAGUAAGGUGACGAUAAACCAUUCUUUAAAACUAUUAACUACGAUGAUGGAAUUGUUAUUACAAGAAAUAUGAAUAAUAAACCAGCUUAACCAUCAUAAAGUGCAACAAAUAGCUAGCCUGCUAAUGAAACUGCUUAAAACGAAAAUAAUAAACCUAAAUAAUAAGAAUAAACUUAACAAUAGCAUUAGUCUCCUUAAACUUAGCAAUAAUAAGAAAAGCCCUAAUAAUAAACUAAAGUUGAAAAAAAAUAAGAUCAAUAACAAGAAAAAAAAUAGAACAAUUAACACUAACCACUACCUGAUUAAAAAAAAAAGGAAAACAUAUAAAAUGAGUAGAAGCCUCAACCAUAAAUUGAAUAAAAGCAAUAGCAACAUCAAAGUGUGUAAAAGCAUACUCCUCAGGUUGAAUUAAAGAAUCAAAAUGAACAUAAGCAUCAAACUGAAUAAAAAGCUGAAAUUAAGUAGGAUUUAAAAGCUCAUGAAAAAGUAUAAAAACCUGUUUCUUAAGCUUAAGAACAAUAGAAAACCACUGCUUUAGAGAAGGAAUAGAAAGUAGCUAAUAUCUAGGAAAAUGGAUAAAAAGUACCACAUUAAGAAAAAGAAUCAAAAACAAAUACAGCAGCUACUGAUAAUAAUUCUUAAUCAUAGAAAGCUCACGUACAAACUACAGUUGCAAAUAAACCAAAUCAAAAUCAAGUUCAAUAAGCAACAGAAAAAGUAGUAUAAAACUAAAAGCCUAAUAAUUAGCAAUAAACAUAAAACUAAAGCUAGGGUUAAUAAAAGACUUAAAAUUCAACUAAAAAAGAAGAAUAAAAGGGUGAUUAAAGAGUAGAAUAAGCAAGUUCUGUGUAACAAGUAGUGAAAGUAACUAAGAGUGAGAAUUCACAAGUUUAAGAAUAAUAAAAGCCAUAAUUAAAUAAAGUAAAUAAGGAAUCUAAAGAUUAAGAAGAGAAUUCUUAAAAUAAAGAAGGCAAUAAUUAUAAAAAAUAUUAGGAUAAAAAAUAUAAUAAAGAUGAAAGAGAUAGAAAAAAAAAUGUACAAAAUGUAGUUUAUGUAGAAAAGUAGUUAGCUAAAAAAGAAGCUCAAGAAUAAAUUAAUUAAAUUUAUGAUUCCGAAGUUUAAACAAAGUAAUUAUCUAAGAAUGAAUAUAAAUCUUAGGAGAGUGUAGAGAUUUAUGAUGAGAAUUAAAAGAAAGACCCAUAAUUAUAUAAUGAAAAUGAACUUGAAGACUUAAACAAUGAAAAUAUUAAUAAAAUUAAUAGCAAAAAAUCUUAUGAUAAUAAUAGAAAACCCUAUAAAAAUCAAAAUAAUAACAAUAAUAAUUACUAUAGAAAAGAUGGAAAUCAGUAAAAGCAAUAUAAAUAUGAAAGAAAGCAUGAAGGCCAGCAAGUUAAUGAAUAAAGUAAUCAUAAUGAUAAUUAAGAUUCAUAAAAUCAUGAAUAAAAAGAUAACUAACAAGGCAAUUAAAGAAGGGUUUACCAAAAAAAUAAUUAUAACAAUAGAUAAUAAGGUUAUGAUUAGAACAAUAAUAAUAAUAAUAACUACAACAACAAUAAUAAUAGGUAGAACUUUUAAAAAAGACACUAGAAAAAAUUUGAGGAUAAUGUGAGUGAUUACGAAACUGAUAGCUAAGAAAGUGCUUAAUCUCGUUAAAAUAGCAAAGAAAACCAAAAUAAUAGAGAGAAAAGAAACUCAAAUAAUUACAGAAACAAUAACACAUAUUAUAAAAAAGAUAACAAUAGAUAGGAUGAUAAUUAUGAAAGAAAAAGGUAUCAAAAUGAUCAUAAUAACAGUAAUAAUAACACCGAAGGUAACAAAAAUAAUAAUUACUACUCCAAGAACACAUAAGGAUAAUAAAAUUAAGGUAAUAAUGAUGGUUAGAGAAAACAUUAUGAUAAUAAAAAUUAAGAUAAUAACAAUCAACAAACUUAAGGAAAUCAAAGAAAGGGUAAUAAUAAUUAUAGACAAAAUAACUAUAAUGAAAACAACAAUUAGCACUAUUCCAAUUAGAACAAUCAAAAAAAUACAAAUUAUUAAAAUCAAGAUUAAUCUAACAACUAAAAUAACAAAAGAAACUAUCAAGAUGAAAAUAGCAACACCAAGCAACAAGCAGGAUCUUAUGCUGGCAAAAAAUAGCAACCUAAAUAGCAAAUAUAAAGUCAUAAUAUUUUUAACGUACUCUCUGAUUGA